CUCUUGUGCCCCUUCGUUCAGACUUGAGCCGAAACGACUAACCUCAACUUUAUUUAUUUGUUUGUGAAGGGAGUAAACUGUCAAAUAUAUGACUAUUGCUCUUUAUUAUACAAUUUGCCCGCUUCCUGUUAAGUCAUCAAUAUCCCAAUAAUGUCCAGACAAGGAGCCAGGCUAGACGCCAAGAAAGUGAAUUCAGAGCUGUUCACACUUACAUAUGGCACUCUCGUAUCUCAACUUUUGAAAGACUAUGAAAACGUAGAUGAAGUUAAUAAGCAGUUGGAAAGAAUGGGUUACAAUAUUGGUAUUCGACUCAUUGAAGAUUUCCUUGCUCGUACUGGAUCUGGGAGAUGUUAUGAUUUCAAAGACACAGCUGAAAAAAUACAGGCUGGCUUUCGUAUUUUCCUUGGUGUGUCACCGACAAUAUCUAAUUGGGGUCCAGGAGGUGAUGAAUUUUCCCUUAUCUUCGAGUCAAAUCCUUUGACAGAAUUUGUUGAACUACCAGAUCACUGCUUAAACCUGAAGUACUGCAAUAUCUUAGCUGGUGUCCUGCGUGGAGCCUGUGAAAUGGUUCAAAUGGAAGUCACAUCCUGGUUUGUCCAAGACCAGUUGAAGGGUGACAAUGUAACUGAAUUGAGGGUGAAGUUUAUUAAAAGGCUAGAAGAUGCUAUCCCUGCUGGCGAAGACUGAUCUCUGCAAUAAUAAGCGCUGUUGUCGCUAUAUUGUUGUUUAUCUUCAAAGUGUAUUAACACCACAAAUUUUGUGAUGACUUAAUGGGUUGAUAAAAUUCUAUUCUAGAUGUAUUAUUCAUUAUUCCAAUAUUUGUGAAAGCUUUCACAUUUUCCAUUCAUGUACAAAGGCAUGAAUAUUUGUUUUCAAUUGUCAUUAUUUUAUUGUAAUGUUGUGAUAAAAAUAAAGUAGAACACACGCAUAAUA